AUAAGCACCCCAAGCAGAAGCGGCACGACUGGAGGAGCUGAGCAGCAAAAAUGACGACGGCAUCCAUAGCAGCAACCACAAGCCUCGCCUUCUCCCUAAUCCAAUCCACGAAAUCCCCAAAUUUCAAAUCCCCCAAAUUUCAAUCACUAGUAUCCCUCAAUUUCAGGCAGUUGAAACUCAAUAAUCGGAAAUUCGUUGUUGUUAAAGCAUCGGCGCCUGGAUCGUAUUCCGCCGAGCAGUUCGAGCUCACCUCAGAAAACGUAGACAAGGUUCUCGACAACGUCCGUCCUUAUCUCAUCGCCGAUGGCGGGAACGUUGAUGUUGUAUCGGUUGAAAACGGCGUCGUCUCGCUCAAGCUCCAAGGAGCAUGCGAAAGCUGUCCCAGUUCAACUACAACAAUGAAACUGGGAAUUGAAAAGGUUCUCAAGGAAAAAUUCGGAGAUGCGAUCAAAGAUAUAUGUCAAGUAUACGAUCAACAAAUCACUGAGACCAAUGUUGAGGCAGUAAACAGGCAUCUGGAUAUCUUAAGACCAGCCAUUAAAAACUUUGGUGGGAGUGUGGAAGUAUUAUCUGUUGUGGAUGGUAACUGCAGUGUAAAGUAUGUUGGCCCCGAUUCUAUUGGAUCCGGAAUUAAAGCAGCGAUUAAGGAGAAAUUCCCAGAUAUCGUCAAUGUUGAGUUUGCCAUUUAGUUCUUUCUGGAUGAUGAUGGGGGAAGAUGUAGUAUGUGCACGAAAUGAGAUUAAAGGCAAAUUUGUAUCUACAGUAUGAUAAAAUUGGAAAUAUUUCUCUACUGUCCAUUGAUAAUUGAUUCCAUUUAGUAAAGAUUACAUUAUUGGUGAUGAUGAUGUAAUAAAUAGUAUUUUUAUGUUUGAGAUUUGUGAUUAUACUGUUCUUGGACCCA